AUGGAUGAUGUGUGGACAAAGGUAUUCAGCUACCUGUCCCCGCGAGAGGUACUCAAAUGCGAACGAGUGAGUCGAGCAUGGCGACGUCUUGCUCAUCGAGCAUUACGUCAACUCGUUGACCCUACGCGAGUGCGAAUCUCCCAGAAGCAAUUCCUCACCCCUAAAAUUCUUUGUUGCCUCCAUCGUUUUCCACAGGUCAUUCAUUACAAACUGUCUAAAUUUCCUUUCAGAAACAUAAUUGCUUGUAUUUCAGAACUAUGCAGUCGGCGACUGAGACGGGUUAUCUUUCGGGUGACGUCGAAAAACGAAAAAUACUCUGUAUUUGCAAGUGAACAUCAUUUAACAAAAGCUGUCAUCGAAGCACUUGCCUCCACCGCCACCGCCUUACGAAGCAUAAUUAUUGAUCGGGUGAAAGUAGAGGUGCUAAAUGGCCCAGCUGUGAUAACUAUGGUUAACGAUUUCCCGUUGGUUUCCGCUCUGGACGAGAUUUAG